AUGGAUGUUGACAUGCUAAAAUCAUCAUCAUCAUCAUCAUCAGCAGGUGAUGAUCAUCAUCACCAUCAUCACAUGGACAUGAUGACAAUGAUGAUGCAAAUGCAAAUGCAAAAGCAGCAGUCUCCUGAUCACUUCUGUGAUUCUUACCACAACAGCAGCAACCCCACAUUUCCAGAGAUAGAUUUCACCUGGGGAUCAAACUCAAACAUCACCAACAACAUUGAAACAAUCUCAUCUCUCCCCAUUUUCCACAACCCAAAUGCAGUUUCUUCGCAACAUUCACAGCCCACGUUGAUAAACCCUGCCUUGCCCUCCUCUGUUUCUUUCAUGGGAAACCAAAUUCAGGAGCCCCUCACCCCAAGGCUCAUCAAAACUAGCCCUCCUCCUACUUCAUACGAGAAGAGAAACUCCAUGGCUGCAAUGAGAGAGAUGAUUUUCAGAAUUGCAGCAAUGCAGCCCAUUCAAAUAGACCCCGAAUCGGUGAAGCCCCCGAAGAGGAGGAAUGUUAAGAUUUCUAAAGAUCCACAGAGCGUGGCAGCGAGGCACAGGAGGGAGAGGAUAAGCGAGAAGAUUAGAAUUCUGCAGAGACUUGUUCCUGGCGGGACUAAAAUGGACACAGCUUCUAUGCUAGAUGAAGCUAUACAUUAUGUGAAGUUUUUGAAGAAACAAGUGCAGACUUUGGAGAGAGCUGGGGCAGAUAGACCGAUUGGUAUUGGCUUCCAAGGGGCUGGUCAACUGGGCAAUGUGAACUAUUCUGCUUUGUUGAGGCCUUCUCACUUGGUUGGGUCUAUGCAGAUGCUGAGAUGAUGAGAGAUUUGCUUUGAAAUAUCAUGUAUUGUUGUACGUUUGAUCGAUUGUUCU